UCUAACUCAUUUGGUCUCUCAUUUCAGUCGAAUGAGGGCAGUUGGACAAAAUGGAUGGUUUUCGAAGCCUCCUAGUCAUUUUAGUAUUGGGUUUAUUUCAGCGGCUUCAAGCCAAGUUUGUUUGGAACACAGGCGGUGCAUCUGCACUUUUUAUGGCCAUUGCUUUGCCCUUGGAUUUGCCAAGAAAAGAGGUGUUUUUGUCCUAUAAUUUUGAAGCCGGUUAUGAACUCCCAAGGACUUGGAAAAAAAAGCCACCAGUUUUACGCAAUGGAAAUGGUACCGAUGAUGGCUCAAUGAAUGACCACCAUGAUCACCAACAAUUUGAUGACUUUGUUUAUGAUGACUACUAUGAUGAUCCUGGACAUAAACACAAGCACAAGCAUCACCAUAGUAAGAAAAAGAAAAAGACUAAACCGAAACCAGGAGCAUCUGGAAAACCACAUAAACAAAAGCAUAAAAAUAAACACAAACAUAAGCCAAAACCAAAGCCACCGCCAACACAACCACCAGAGGACGAGGGGGAUGAAGAUUACAAGGACUUUUUUCAAGGAUUUCCGCUCGAUGGCAUGGGUGAUCCAGUGGGUAGAAGCAGGGAGAAGAGAUCCCUGCUUUCACGUACCAAGUUCUACAAUAUUUUGAGUCAUCGUUUUGAAAUGCAUGGCUUAGGCACGGGAGACCGCUGCCUACUUCGACUGAUCUGCGAGGCCAAUAGCUAUAGUCUGGCCGACCUUAAUGGCGUUUUGGGCAGCUUGGUCCAUGUAAUGUUUAGUCCCAGUAGUUCUCGUUACGAGGCCUUACCCCAGCGUUACUACACUGCCGAGUUGGAUGGAAUCCAGGGGCACUGCGGGGACUACAAACUUAAAUGUCAGCACAGUGUACUUGAUUUGAUCACGCAACCCAUAGCCCGCUAUAAGGAAAAUAAUAAUAAAUGGCAGUAAAAUUG